AUGAACGACGAAUACUUUUCUAACAGCUGGUUACUGGGAAUUCCUGUUUUUCAAAAAAAUUUAGGACAUUUUCUGCUAGUAUUUUCAGUAUCAGGAACUUUUGGGAGGACUAGCAUCCAGCUGAGGUCAACAUCAAGUAAAAACCGAGCAUUGAGGUAUAUUGUUUCAUUCAAAGAUAAUGGGGGAAGAAUCGCAAGCCGACUCCUGAAACCUGUAAAAUCGCCUACCUCCAUCUCCGACGAGCUAUCCCGUGGCCGUAAAUCUGUGGCCGGUCCGUUCUCCAUCUCCGUCCACAUGAAGGAACAGAAAUUAUGGAAGAGGUCCAAGAGGAGCAUCACUUUUGAGCAGCAUUCACGGGUUAUGACAUUAUCGAAUGAGGAGGUCACAGGAGGAUCAUCAAAGGUCACAGGAGAGUCAUUAGAGGUCAUGGGAGAGUCAAGACUUAGAAGAUUAAGAUCAGUUAAGGAAAGGCAUCAGUUGUUUUGGGGGCAAUUCUUGUGGGGAGGAACUGCUGAACAAGUUGAAACAUUAAGAACAUUUACAAGGAAGAUUGGGUUGUUCCAAGUUGUCGAUGAUAUAUUGGACGUGACGAAAUCCUCAGCAGAAUUGGGAAAAACUGCAGGAAAAGAUUUGGUGGCCGAUGAGGCAACUUAUCCCAAAUUGUUGGGAUUGGAUCAGGCUAGGGAAUUUGCUGAGACAUUGAAUGAGGAGGCUAAGGAACAAUUGGCUGAAUUUGAUUUGGACUAG